UUGCUGGCCAAAGAUAGGAAGCAGGUAAAAUCUAUGUUUUACAAAACUGCAAUAUAAACUGGGGUGCAUAUGGAUGUGACUGGUUGGUAGGAGCAAGAUACAUGAUUUUCUUUUUGGGAGAAGGUAAAUUACAAAGAAGUAGGAUUGUUACUGUUACAGGAAGAUACUGGCACUCAAAAUCACACAGAACAUGUUUUUGCUACUCUUUUCUAUAGUGCCUUAACUAAUAUAUGCAUACGAAUGCCUCCAUUUCUUUCCCUUAGAAUAUGUGUUUCAUUUUAAAGUCAUUUUCUAAACUUGGUCUUUUCCUUGACUGAACCCUUUUGCACCUGGUUUGAAAGAAUGAGUAUGCUGGUAAUUCUCCUGAACUGUGUCACUUUGGGCAUGUUCCACCCUUGUGAAGACAUGGGCUGUGACUCUCCACGCUGCAAGAUCCUCCAGAGUUUUGAUGAUUUUAUCUUUGCCUUCUUUGCGGUGGAAAUGAUAAUCAAGAUGAUUGCCUUGGGGAUUUUUGGGAAGAAGUGCUACCUGGGAGACACGUGGAAUCGUCUGGAUUUUUUUAUAGUUUUAGCUGGCAUGCUGGAAUACUCUUUGGACUUGCAGAAUGUCAGUUUCUCAGCUGUUCGGACAGUCAGGGUACUCCGGCCUUUGAGAGCCAUUAACAGAGUUCCUAGUAUGCGCAUCCUGGUCACCCUGCUUUUGGACACACUUCCUAUGUUGGGGAAUGUCCUCCUUCUCUGUUUCUUUGUCUUCUUCAUCUUUGGUAUUGUUGGAGUCCAGCUUUGGGCAGGGCUGCUUAGGAACCGCUGCUUUCUACCUGAAAACUUCAGUCUGCCUUACACAUUGGAGCUGGAAUCCUACUAUCAGACAGAGAAUGAAGAUGAAAGCCCUUUUAUCUGCUCCCAACCUCGAGAAAAUGGGAUGCGGGAUUGCCGCAGUGUUCCCAUACGGAGGGAGGAAGGCCUGGUGUGCACCCUGAACUAUUAUUCCUACAACGACACCAGCAACACCUCUUGUGUCAACUGGAACCAAUAUUACACAAACUGUUCUGCUGGGGAGCACAACCCUUUCAAAGGAGCUAUCAAUUUUGAUAAUAUCGGAUAUGCAUGGAUUGCAAUAUUUCAGGUCAUCACCCUGGAGGGCUGGGUAGAUAUCAUGUACUUCGUCAUGGAUGCUCAUUCCUUCUACAACUUCAUCUAUUUCAUUCUCCUGAUCAUUGUGGGCUCUUUCUUCAUGAUAAAUCUCUGCCUUGUGGUCAUAGCAACCCAGUUCUCAGAGACCAAACAGCGAGAGAGCCAGCUAAUGAAGGAGCAGCGAAUCCGCUACCUCUCUAAUGCAAGCACGUUGGCUAGCUUUUCGGAGCCAGGAAGCUGUUACGAUGAACUUCUCAAAUACCUUGUUUAUGUCCUUCGGAAAGCCGGCAAGCAAGUGAUGGAAACUUGUCAGACCACAGGGGUAAAGAUGGGCUUCCUCUCCAGCCCAAGCAGUAAGAACAGCACAGAGAGACAACCGUGCAAACAUCGUCCACGGAAAAGGUCAUCAGUGCAUCACCUCAUUCACCAUCACCAUCACCACCAUCAUCACUAUCACCUAGGCAAUGGAAGCCUGCGAGCCCCACGAGCCAGUCCAGAAAUUAGUGACGUGGAGACCAGCUCCGUUCACAAUGGUGCCAAUCGGUUGAUGCUUCCUUCAGUAGUCAAUCCUUCUCACAUGGCGCCUGGCAACACGGAAUCUGUUCACAGUAUCUACCAUGCGGACUGCCAUUUUGAGCCAAUUCAUUGCCAAUCAUCUCUCUCUCAGAUUGGUCUCAGUUUGCCGGGACCUGAGGUGCUUCCCAGUACAGUGGUUGGCAGCAAGGUUUACCCAACAGUACACCCAAGUAGCUCCCACGAGCUCCUCAAAGAUAAAGGUUUGCCAGAGUCCGCAUUGAACCCUGGGGCUAGCACGCUAAUGAAUCUUAACAUCCCUCCAGGGCCUUAUAGUCCGAUGCAGAAGAUAUUGGAAACACAGAGCACUGGUCCCUGUCAAAGUUCCUGCAAGAUUUCCAACAAAGGGGGGAAACCUGAGAAUAUUUGCAGCCCAGAAAGUUGUCCCUAUUGCACAAAAACUUUGGCUAACAAUCCAGAGCAGAAGGAUCACGAGGCCGGAGACUCCGAUAGCGAUGCAGUAUACGAAUUCACCCAGGAUGCUCACUACAGUGACCAGCGAGAUCCUAAGCACCAGAAAGCUCGGGGAAGAAAAACACGGAAACUUCUAGCCUUCUGGAGGGUGGUUUGUGAGACAUUUCGGAAGAUUGUGGAUAGCAAAUACUUUGGCCGUGGCAUCAUGAUUGCUAUCUUGAUCAAUACCCUCAGCAUGGGCAUUGAAUAUCACGAGCAGCCAGAAGAACUCACCAAUGCUCUGGAAAUCAGCAAUAUUGUGUUUACUAGCCUCUUUGCCCUAGAGAUGCUUCUGAAGCUUCUUGUGUAUGGCCCGUUUGGUUACAUCAAAAAUCCCUACAAUAUCUUUGAUGGAAUCAUUGUAGUAAUCAGUGUGUGGGAGAUUGUUGGACAGCAAGGUGGAGGCUUGUCUGUUUUAAGAACCUUCCGUCUUAUGCGAGUUCUAAAACUGGUCCGGUUUAUGCCUGCUCUUCAACGCCAAUUAGUGGUCCUUAUGAAAACAAUGGACAAUGUGGCCACCUUCUGUAUGUUACUGAUGCUCUUCAUCUUUAUCUUCAGUAUCCUUGGGAUGCAUCUCUUUGGGUGUAAGUUUGCCUCAGAGAGAGAUGGAGACACCCUCCCUGAUAGGAAGAAUUUCGAUUCCUUGCUCUGGGCCAUUGUUACUGUUUUCCAGAUUCUGACUCAGGAAGACUGGAAUAAAGUCCUCUACAAUGGCAUGGCUUCUACCUCUUCCUGGGCGGCUCUCUACUUCAUAGCCCUCAUGACAUUUGGAAAUUACGUUCUCUUUAAUUUGUUGGUUGCUAUCUUGGUGGAAGGCUUUCAGACGGAGGAAAUCACCAAACGGGAAGCAGCGAGUAGGCAGUUAAGCUGUAUUCAGCUGCCUGUCGACUCGUCAGUGGGGGAUGCUACUAAGUCCGAUUCUGAGGGGGAACUUUUCCCCCAUAGUUUGGAAGAAGAAUGUGGACUUAAGAAAAAUUUUUCAAAUCCAGCUUUGAUGGCUCUUUGUGACCACCCAGAGCUAAAGAAGAGCUUGACUCCCCCACUUAUCAUUCACACAGCUGCUACACCCAUGUCCAUGCCAAAAAGUGCCAUCUAUGGAGAAGUGGCUCAGGACUAUGGUUCCCGAAGAGCUAGUGGCAUCUCCAUGGAUCCUAAUACAUUUGAUCUCAAAUCCCCGGUCAGUGCCCGGAGUUCUCCACAUAGCCCAUGGAGUGCAGGAAGUAGCUGGAACAGCCGCAGGUCGAGCUGGAACAGCAUUGGGCGGGCACCUAGCUUGAAACGCCGUACAAACCAGAGCAGUGAGCAUAAAUCGCUUUUGUCCGGGGAUGGAAAGCAGAGUUCGGAGGAAGGGGAAAGCUCGGAUGAAGAGCAAUCCAGCAGGACUGGGAGCAUCAAUGGCUCUAUACCUCACCGCAUGGAGUCACUAGAAACCAAAGGCUCCUUUGACUUCCAAGAUACCCUGCAGGUGCCUUCUCUUUACCGGACCAGCAGUAUCCAUAGUAGCCACAGCUCUGCGGCAGACUACAAUAGCAAAGCCACCUCAAGAGUCUUGAUUCAGCAGCUUCAUUUGGAUGAUCCGCUCCCAGAAUGCGAUGACAUGGAUGAUGAAGGCAAUUUAAGUAAAAAGGAUCGCAUGAAGGCUUGGAUAAGGAAACGCCUCCCUUCUUGGUGCAAAGAAAGAGAUUCCUGGUCUAUCUACAUCUUUGCUCCUCAAUCUAAAUUCCGUGUCAUAUGCAAUAAAAUCAUUUCCCACAAGAUGUUUGAUCACAUCGUCUUGGUUAUCAUUUUCCUGAACUGUAUCACCAUUGCAAUGGAGCGUCCCAAAAUUGAGCCCCACAGUGCUGAACGGAUUUUUCUCACUCUCUCCAACUAUAUUUUCACAGCAGUGUUCUUGGCUGAAAUGACCAUAAAGGUGGUGGCUCUGGGCUUGUGCUUCGGAGAGAAGGCCUACUUGCAAAGCAGUUGGAAUGUGCUGGAUGGGGUACUAGUCCUCAUCUCUAUGGCUGACUUCCUGGUUUCAAUGGUUUCUGAUAGCGGAACGAAAAUCCUUGGAAUGCUAAGAGUUUUAAGGCUUUUGCGGACUCUUAGGCCAUUAAGGGUCAUCAGUCGAGCACAAGGGCUGAAGUUGGUUGUGGAAACCCUGAUGUCCUCCCUGAAACCCAUUGGAAACAUUGUUGUGAUUUGCUGUGCUUUUUUCAUCAUUUUUGGCAUCUUGGGAGUCCAGCUGUUCAAGGGGAAGUUUUUUGUCUGCCAAGGGGAAGACACAAGGAACAUUACCAACAGGUCAGACUGUGCAGAAGCCAACUAUAAAUGGAUCCGGCACAAGUAUAAUUUUGAUAAUCUUGGCCAGGCUUUAAUGUCUUUAUUUGUUCUGGCAUCUAAAGACGGGUGGGUGGACAUAAUGUACGAUGGAUUGGAUGCUGUAGGAGUAGACCAACAGCCAGUCAUGAACUAUAACCCUUGGAUGCUCCUCUACUUUAUCUCCUUCCUGCUGAUCGUUGCCUUCUUUGUGCUCAACAUGUUUGUGGGGGUCGUGGUGGAGAAUUUCCAUAAAUGUCGUCAGCAUCAGGAAGAAGAAGAAGCCAAGAGACGGGAAGAGAAGAGGCUCAAACGCCUGGAGAAAAAGAGAAGGAGUAAGGAGAAACAGAUGGCUGAUCUAAUGCUGGAUGAUGUAUUAAUGGACAGCUCAGCCAGUGCAGUGCCAGAAGCGCAGUGUAAACCGUACUACUCUGAUUAUUCUCGCUUCCGACUUCUGAUUCACCAAAUGUGCACCACCCAUUAUCUGGAUUUAUUCAUCACAGGUGUGAUUGGCCUCAAUGUCAUCACCAUGGCCAUGGAGCAUUACCGCCAGCCCAAGAUUCUUGAGGAAGCUCUGAAGAUCUGCAAUUACAUUUUCACAAUCAUCUUUGUCAUGGAAUCAGUUUUCAAGCUCAUUGCGUUUGGGUUUCGUCGGUUCUUUCAAGAUAGAUGGAAUCAAUUAGACCUAGCAAUUGUUCUCUUGUCCAUCAUGGGGAUCACGCUGGAAGAGAUUGAGGUGAAUGCAUCACUGCCCAUCAACCCUACCAUUAUCCGCAUUAUGAGGGUCCUCAGGAUUGCUCGAGUGUUAAAAUUGCUGAAGAUGGCUGUAGGGAUGAGAGCUCUUCUGGAUACAGUCAUGCAAGCACUGCCUCAGGUGGGGAAUCUAGGUCUCCUCUUCAUGUUGUUGUUUUUCAUAUUUGCAGCUCUUGGAGUGGAGUUGUUUGGGGAUCUUGAAUGUGAUGACACUCAUCCCUGCGAGGGUUUAGGGAGGCAUGCAACAUUUCGCAACUUUGGAAUGGCUUUCCUCACACUCUUCCGUGUAUCCACAGGAGACAAUUGGAAUGGGAUAAUGAAGGACACAUUGCGGGACUGCGAUGAGGAAUCCACCUGUUACAACACCGUCAUCUCGCCUAUCUACUUCGUCUCUUUUGUGCUGACAGCCCAGUUUGUCCUGGUGAAUGUGGUGAUUGCUGUCCUGAUGAAGCACCUGGAGGAGAGCAACAAGGAAGCUAAAGAAGAAGCAGAAUUGGAGCUGGAGUUGGAAAUGGAAAUGAAGACAAUCACACCGGGUGUGCAGCCACCUUCUGACUCUUUCAUGUGGACAAGCGGCAACACAGGAGACUGGCCUGAGAGUCCUGGAGGAUACGCCAACCCCAUGCAAAUCAAAGUGAAUUCUCAGCUGUCCGUGGUUCAUCCUAUGGAAAGACACUUGUUUGAUACCAUAUCACUGCUGAUCCAGGAAUCUCUGGAAGGAGAGUUGAAGCUGAUGGACAACCUGUCAGGCUCUGUAUGCCAUCAUUAUGCCCUUCCAACUACUGACACUUACAACCCUGAGAAACAGAUCCCUCUAGCUGAGAUGGAGGCUUUGUCUCUGACGUCAGAUAUUCUCUCUGAAAAUUCCUGGUCCUUAGCUCUGACGGAUGACUCUUUACCUGAUGAUAAUAACACACUCUUACUUAAUGCCCUGGAGAGCAAUACUGAUCUUCCUUCCAUUAAUGACCCCCUGAUUCUCUCAUCAAACCAGGAUCUGCUGAGAGUAGGGAAGACUUCUGUGGGCCGCACCCACUCUCUGCCGAAUGACAGUUAUAUGUUUCAGGCUCCAGAUGCUGGCCCCUAUGAUGCUUCCUUGGGAGAAAAAAACUCAUCUCAUCAAAAAUCUCAAUCAGGGUCAACCACGUCAGUGCAGUCUCAGCCUGCAAGCACCGAUGCUGCUCUGCACAUUGCAAGAAAUCGAUUCCACCGUCUCAAGCCCCAAUACAAUCUUGAACGGGAAAGCAAGUCCAACGUUGCUCCACCUGCGCGUUCCCCAUGUGCAGAACGCUUACUUCGCAGACAGAUGGCCAUACGGAACGACUCUUCGGAUACUCAUAGUUCAGAAAGCAGAGAGAACCUCCACGCUGAGGUGAGUGAGCUCUCUGAUUCCAAUUUGUCAGCCCCAUCAACCGAGGACCUUUCUAUCACUUUGACAUCCUCGGAAGCAAGAGAGCCUGCCAGCUGGGUCCGAUCAAGUGUUCAUACUCAGCAACAUUCCCGCAAUCAAUAUAACAUCUCCAAGCAUGUUCCAGAUUUGUGUGCCUGUACAGAUUCUCUUCAGGAACUGCCUGGGGAUCCGAUGGACCAAGAAGUAUCAGAAAUAAACAGCUGUUUUACUUCAGGAACUUGUUCAGCCAUGAGUGCCUCAUCAGUGGUCCAGCCUGAGACCCCUAAGAGAAAUGUAGGCAACAGUGGCAAUGUUCCUUUGAAGGACCUGAAGAAAUGCUACAGUGUAGAUACACAAGGUCUUCUUAAAAAACCGUCAUCGUGGUUAGACGAUCAAAGGAGACAUUCCAUAGAAAUUUGUUCCAUGGAAAACAGCCCCCAGCAUCAUUCCACAUCUAGUUCUUCUGGCUUCAUCAGUCAGGUCUUCAGUGAAAUGGAAGGCUUGCAAGGGACACGGCCAAAGAAAAAAAUGAGCCCCCCAUGUAUAUCCAUAGACCCUCCUGAGGAACAGAGGUUGCUACUAAGGAGGUCUUGCACCGCGUCCCCUUCCAGUGCAGAUGUUUGCCUGAGAAGACGUGCGCCAUCUUGGGACUCCAAGGACUCCGUGGAUGCAGGGGACUCCACCCUCCCAGACAGUCUGUCAAUAACUCCAACUCCAAAGAAAGACUUGUUGACACUCCCUAGUUUUUCCUUUGAUCAACCAGAUGUCGACCCUUGAAAUGGUUUCUUUUCUGUUACUGGUGCCAAAAGUUUUUUUUCCCCUCCCUCAUGUAAUAAAUUAAACCUCUCUAUUCUAAAAUGGCACUGACUUUUUUAAAAAUCCAAAGUUUAAAAAAGAGCUAGCUGGUAGAAGAAUGGUUAAGCUAUAUCACGCUUACUUAAGCAUAAGUUCUGCUUGGGUAAAAGCAAUACAUUGUUCAGAGUCUAUAUGUAUAGUCUAUUUUAUUAAAUUAAUUGAACCUAGUAUUGCAGUAUGUAGUACAUUUUGUGGCUUAAAAACCUGGUUUAUUUUCUCUUGUUUUAUGUACCUCAGAAUAUUCCUGAGACUAUGUUGGUAUUUUUCUUUUAAAUGAAUAUUUUGACCUUUAAAAUUACAUAUUUAACCCUCCCUCUUUUUUUCUUUAUUCUUUCUUUUAUUUUCUUUUGCAAAGCACAAGAUGUAGCCAUUAGUGCAUUACAGAGAACAUGUGCCCCAUAAUAGACCAUAAAUAAGAAUUGUUGCAAUUAUAAUGCAUUUCAAGUACUGAACCAUCCACUAUUUUCUGCAGAGAUUAGCCAUAUCUAUUUCCAAAUUGGAUUUUAUUACAGUGCAAAGCAAAAGAAAAUAGAGAAAUUAAAUAAUGAACAGAGUAUAAAGAGACAGAUUUGCAAAAAUGUCCAUUACGUUGAGAAUUCAACUGCCUUCCAGUAAUAUGCAUACAUAUAUUUUGUCAUGGCUUUCCAUAAUAAUCUCCAAAAUCUUAUGGAGCGGGAAUACUUAGGAUGAGAAACAUUCUCUGGGCCCAACACUGGUAGGUUGGAAGAGAAGGGAAAAAAUGAUACUCCAGCUAUUUCCUACUCCUAAAAGUCUUUUUUCACUCUCUCUUUGGAAGAAGCUAACCUGAGAGUCAAGGGCAGCUGCUUACAAAUCCAUCUCAAUUGGAACAUUUCACGCCCAUUUAUCCAAGUAGAAUGGACAUUUCCUUACAUAUGAGCAACUUCAGUCCUUAACUAUCAUUUUUGUUUAUCUUUAUGAAGUGCAACCAUUGCUCUGUGGAAAAGGCUAUGCUCCCCUGAAACUCAGUCUCCGUAGUGGCAGAUAUUCAGUGUCUAACAACACUAAUACAUCCUUUGACUUGGGACACAUAGUAUAAAUGUGUACAUUCUGUUUAUUUCAAUGGCACCCACUGCUAUGAAAGGGGUAGAAGAUCGGAGACAUACACCUGAAAUGAGGGAAUCAUAUGGAUGAAAAUCAAAUUUGCCACAGAUACAGUAGGCGAAGUUUCCUAUUAUUUAUUCACAUCCCUACAGAUAUGAGAUAUGCUAAACUUGUCAGGCUACUGUGACAGGCACAACAUGGACCAGUCAAAGGGGAUGUGUAUCCUGAUCAAUGCGUAGUUCCCACUAGAGAGACUGAGAAUAUUGUUGUCAUUCAAUGUGUCCUGUUGGAGCCUCAUAAAGGCGUCCUCUGAGGUGAAUGCUGAGGAUUUUUCAAAAUAGCUUCACAUUUUGCAGUAGGAGAAUUAUGUGAAGGAACUUUAAGUUACAUUAACUUCUAAUCAAUCAAAUGUAGAUAAAGGCAACCCAGAGUGAUUUCAUUAAUUGGCAAUUUAAUGAUCAGAACAUCUAGAAUGAUUACUUCUCCUCCUCUUCCUCCUCAUCACCAUCUUCAUCAUCAAACAAAUUGUAGAAAUUAAAUGAGGCUUCCCCCCCCCCCAUAUAGGGGGCAUCGUAUAGCCAAAUCAGACUGGCAAUUACAAACAUUUUUUUUUACUUAAAUUGAUGCUGAUUUGCAAUAUUGCAAUCCCCUCACACACACUUUUUCUACUAGCCUUGCUUACGAGAGAUACACCCCAAUUGUAUUUUGAUAUUCAAAUAAUUCUCAAAGAAAAAUCCUAGAAAGGUUCGUUUCUUUUCAUUUUCCCACUUAAGUCAAGAUGUUUUAUUUAGCAGAUUAUAGUCCUGGAGACUAGAGAGUCUCUAAUGAUGCUGACUUAUUAUACUUAUAAACUGACAUGCCAUUUCUUCCAUGCAAGUUAAUUCCAGUUGGCAUUAACUUCACUUGGCUUUAACCAUUAACCAUGCCAAGUUCUAGACAUCUUUUCUCCAUUUUAGUGGAGUCUCAAUUUUCAGUGCCAGAGCUUAACCUUGGAAUAGAAGAACAAAUAGAUUAAAAAUGCCCCAAGCAUUUCCUUUUUUCUAAUUCUAAAUAAGCAGCAAAAAUUCCCCAUUGGGGGUAAGGCUUUUUAAGUCAAAAGCCUUUUUUCUAGAAUGCUAUGACCCACAGAAUUAUUUUCCAAGAAAUUAAGCAUUGGGGGUAACCAUCUGACUUCCACAGAUGCCACCAUGGAAACAUCAGAUCUUGCACAAUAGUAGUAUGAUGUUUUGCAUUAGGUGCUUUUACAGCACUUUUUUUUUAUUUCUGCCCUAAUAGAAAAGAUGAUCCCAAAAUGCUGCUGUUCUAUUUAUACAAGUAGUUCUUGACUUACGAUCAAUUGUUUAACGAUCAUUCGAAAUUAUGACAAGCGCUGAAAAAGUCACUUACUAUUGAUCCUCGCACUUGUGAUCACUGCAGUGUCCCCACAAAAUUUGGACAUUUAGCAACCGGCCUGCAUUUGUGACAGUUGCAGCAUCCCAGGGGUCUCAUGGUCCUGGAAAUCUCCCCAGGGUGCUUCCAACAAGGAAAAUCGGGGGGAGGGGGGCUUGGAGUUGCUUAAUGUCCAAAGCAAAAAGUUCAUCAGAUAAUUUGAGACAGACUCAUUUCUUCAGACUUUCUCAAAAGCUUCUCAACUUAGUUACAAGCAUACUUGGGCUUCACCUGUUAAAAAUUAACCCUUUCACUAGAAAGAAACUCUUACUAGAAGAUCUAGUUAGAACACUCUGAAUAUCUUACAGUCUCCAGCUCUCUCUUGUACUCGCCUAACUUGGCAAAUAUAAGAUGCAGCAGAAAGUUAGUUUUUGCACAUACCUUUGAUUUCUUGUGUCCAAGAAAAAGCAUGAUUCUUCAGAUAAACCAGUAUUGUGCAUAUCCAAGGAUCCUCAGAUUUGUGCUGGCACAAUUUGGGGAACCUUUUUAGAGUCCAAAUGUGAAUUUGUCAGUAUUGAUGUGACCAAAUUGCUCUUUUCUAAUGGAUCACAUUGUCCCUUUAUUCAUUCUUAAAAGUAAUAAUAAUAGGAUAAAAUGACCUUGCUUUUCAAGCCACAUGAAUAUUUUUGCUAAAAUAAUUGAUUUCAGCUUAAUCUCUCUGUUAAAUGUAUUUACUAUGGCAGUCUUAAUAAAUGCUUUAAACCCAGAAUAUCUUCAAUAGAUAUUCUUGGUCAUGCACUCAUAUAGACCACAUUUUGUUAAAUAUAGAAACUAAACCAAACAUAAAUAUUGAUUGAAAACAAUCCCUAAUCAUAUUUUAAAACCCAGUUUGAAUAUGAGGAUAUAAUUUUAAACCCUGAAAUGUGUAUCUUUAUGUUUAUAAAAUCAAUUCACAUUGGACAGUCCUAAAAACACACUCCAAAUGAAUUUUGACAACUGGUAAUUGUUUAAAUCACUCUGAAGUACAGAGGUGUUGUUUGUCAAAGUCUUCAAAAUGCUCCAUACCAAUAGACUCUUACUUUAGUGCCACCCUGCUUGUGGAAAAUUAUAAACAUACAAUUUAUAACGCUGUCAUUAUUCCAAUCCAUUGAGUAGGAAAUUAAAUCUAACCAGGUCACCAACUUAAAUAAGACUACUUUUCUUGAACCUAUUAAUCAUUUUAAUAUAUAGGCAAUUAGUGCAAUUCUUACAAAUUAGUUCGUUGUGAUCUUCUCAUGUAAAAUGUAGGAAAAAGCACAAUAUGAUGACCUAAAUGAUUUCAGUCCUUUGUUUUUGGCUUAAUUGGUUUCUCUACGUCGAAGCCAGCUGCAGAUAAUCAACCUUAUGUAUAGUGAAGGAAUUGUGUCCCUUGUUUUGUCACUCUCCCUCAUGUAACCAUGCUCCUCUGAACAUCUGCCCAUUCAUCCAUCUACAGCAUCCAGUAUGGUUUUCCCAAAAUGGAACUCAGAUCAAUUUGACAUGCAAAGACAAUAAAGUUAAUGAGACAGAGCAAUGCAGAAGCAUCAGAAUUAGGCAAUAUGGUCCGGUGGGACAACUCACCACAGCCAAUUUGCCGUGGACAACUCUCCAUGGUCAACUCGGCACAGACAACUCACCACAAAACAACUCAAUACAAAAUAUAACAUAAAUAAGUGUGACCAAUGAUAAUAAAAUAAAGAAAGUCAAUCCAGAAAUACAAAAGUUACAAUAAUUUGAUAAUGAAAACAUGGUCACCAGUAAUAAAAGUAACUGAAUGAAACAAUAUAGCAUUCAAUUGUCCCACAAUGAGUUGGCCAUGGUGAAUUAGCUGGGGUGAGUUGUCCUAGACCCCUCUUCUAGACCUUUUGCGUAGUCACAAAUAUGUGAAUCAGCUCUUCUGCUAACAGCCUAAUUUGCUAAAACAACCUAAUGACAUACAGUAUCUACAGUGGUUAAAAUAUGCACUAGUUGUCUAGUAAUAUGAAAUCAGUUUUGCCCUACACCUUCAAUCUCUGGGUAAGGUAAAGUGCAAUAUAUUAGGAAGAAACUAAAAUGCAAAAUUAGCCUGCUUGAAAUGAGAGGAACUAUCACAACUCAAAUUAAAAGGGAUUAAAAUUAGUAUAUUUUUGGUGCUUGGGAAGCAUUGUUGGAAUAUUAAUAAAACUAAGGAGUUGCUUCAUGGAAUUAUAUUCAAUAAAGACCAAUCAAUACAUAACUUACUGUAAGCUAAUGCAUUCAGGAAAAUAAAAGCAUGCAUACUUUGUGAUACAAAUAUUUUCUACUUGCCCUUUUGAAAAAUAUAAUUGAAGUACUACCGUGUGUGCAAUAAUCUUCAUGGAAUUUUAAAUAACUUUGGGUUGGGCCUUUUUUAAAUAACAUUAGACUUUUUUAUAAAAAGCAAAACAAUGGUUCUGAAGAGAUGUACACCGAUUCUGUAGAAGGAUUCUGUUCAUAGUUUUAUUAUUAUUUUUUUUGUAGAAAUCGCUAGAGCAGUGUUUAUUCCUGCCAAGCAUCUUAGUAAUAGACGUGAACUGAGGGCUUGCCUUUUAAUAAGAAGACUUAGGAGAAAGAGGUUUUGGUUUGGUUUUUUCCUGCUUUCCCAAAUGUAAAUUAAAAUGUAUUGCCCAGUUCUAAACACAUUUCGAGGAGGUGGGGCAGAUGAGUAGUUGCUCAUAGAUGCAAUCCUUAAAUCCCCUGCUCUUGGUCAGUUGUCUCUCUCUUUAUGGAAAAGAUUUUUCCAAAGGAAAGUGGCUGGGGGAGAGAAAAAAAUUGGCCAGUACCUCCAGUCAAAAGGGUCUUGCAUCCAUGGCACGAAUGGAAUUCUGGAAUUAAUAUAGCUGUGUAUUAGUCUGUCUUUGAUCAUGAUAAGCCGUACUAUAAACUUCAGUUUGUCAAUGUGAUUUAAAAAGUAAGCUACAAGCUUAACAUAUACUUUCUAUGAUUCGAGUGAGAUGUCUGUUCUAUGUUGUAUAGCUUAAAAUAGUUGAUCCCAGCUGCGUUGUGUAGCUUUAUGCACAUAUUUAGUACAUAUAUGCUAAAUUAAGAACGAGGACGACAUGUAGGAAAAGGGCUCUACAGGUGAGACUGGUUUAAGGUCUGAACUCUGCUAAUAUUAAUAAAUUAGUAUAUUGGAAAGCUUGAUUACAGGAAAAAAAAGCAACUGAAUAAUCUUGAAAGAGAUGUUACAGCUUUUAUUAUUGUUAUUGAAAGGAAUAUUUUGUUAUGCUAACAGCUUUGGUAAUAGGCUAAUUUAUGAAUGUUUAAGACACUGACUUUUGGAUUUAAAAGUCCAUUUUUAAUCAAAUAAAAAUCUUAAAUAAAUCAACAUCCCUACUGAGAUGUAAUGUAUGCUACAAAUAAGUAGGCUAACUCAAUGUUGUAAUCAUUAUAGAAGGAAAAAAAAACUUAUGUGAUUUGAUCAUCAUUUACAGGAAUAUGAUAUAUAUUUUGUUCAUUAAGACUUUGGUGCAUCUGAGUGUGUUUAGAACUGGAUUUCUUUCUAGCUCUCUCUAAUGCUGCAGCUCGACAUUAUUUUUUAAAAUGUAUUAAUCGAAAAGUUUAUUUCUGUUCCUAAUCCCUCAUGGCAAGUUCUAUCCAGUUUGUUUCAAAGCACACCGGCACUUUAAUACUAUGGACUUAGUGUCUGCUGGUAAGAAGAGACAAUUCUGUUUUUGCCAGGUUAUAGUAAUUUAUGAGGGUAAAGAUUUGCUACCACAUCAAAGGGGGGAAAAAGACAAUGUAAAUUCCAUAUUUGCAAACAUUGCACAUAGUAUUUCUAUAACUUUUAGAGAGAUUACAGGUUAUUUAAACUGUAGAUAAUUUGGAAGAAGAAAAAACAAUAAAUACUUUUUUUUGGCUUCUGUAGAAUGUACUCAAUUGAAAACGAAAAUAAGUUUUAUGGGCUAACAAUGCCCCCUUCUUUCCUUCUGUGCCCCCUGACUAUAAUAACCCAUGUAGAAUCUUUCACAAAAAUUACUAGAGUAGCCACAGUACCAAUGUCCAUAAACAAUCUAGUAACUAUUUUAGAACUUUGUAUUUAAUAAUCAACUUAUUGUUAUAUCAUAUCGGGUACAGAGAUUGAAAACUGGGUAUGUGGUCAGGGCAACAAAAGGUGAAAUGAAUGGGGAGUAUUGGAUUAAAAUGUCUUUUUUUUUAAUGUGUAAAACUUUACAAAUGACAAAGACAAAUGUGUACUAUUAAACGAUUUUGAAAGUAAAA